GAUUUGGGGGCAUAAAUGUAGUUAUAAUGCACUUAUUAGCUGCUUCCUACUUCUCAGAUUUCUGUGUCUGUCUCCUCAGGCCUGCAGCUGCUUUUUCUGGGGUGUUUUGUGCCAUUUUAGUGCUGUAAAUGCUUUGUCUUGCUGCUGUGUUUUGCAAAACUCUUCUUAAAAGGUGUCUGGUUUAGACCCUUGUGCUGUGUAAACAAGGAUUGGGAAGGAUUUUCUUGAUUAAGUCUUGUUGUUGGUUGGUUGGUUUGGGGUUGAAUUUUGGGUGUUUUUUUAGAAAAUUAGUAUAAAAUUUGUGCCAGCCUCUGGGCAGGCAGAGGAGGCCAAGGCACAAUGGUGUGAAAUGUCUUUUAUUGCUCAAAUCGGACCAGGCUGGACACUGGGGCUUGGAGCAGCCUGGGGCAGUGCAAGGUGUCCCUGCCCAUGGGACUGGGUGGGCUUUGAGAUUCCUUCCAACCCAAACCCCUCUGUGAUUGUUUGAUGAUUCAGGUCUCUGCAGGAGACCUCAGGUGAGGGUUUCCAAGUCUCAGAUGCAGAUAAAGGAAAUGUUCUCCUGUGUUAGCAUUCUCCUGACGACAGCAUGGGCCUCUGCAGCUCGUGGUCCACACAAGGUGCUGGUGUUUUGCUGCAUUCCCUGCCCCUCUGGACACUCACGAGAGAGAUCCCUGGACUCCUCAUGUCUUGGUGCAGAAGGUUUGGGGGCCGGAAACUUCUCUCUGAAGCAGUAGGGUGGCAAAAGGGCCCCAAAUGGAGUGGGUCUCACACAGCAUCCCCUCUUCCCUCAGGGGAGGUGAAUUGUUGGCCGGUCUGAGCUCUCCCAGGGCUGUUUGUCCCUGAUGCAGUGUUGUCCUGAUGAUAACAUGUUGCUGACCUUGCAGCCUGGCUCAGGGGGGCUGCGCUUGUGUCCUUGGUGCCAUGAGCCGCCGGCAGGUCCUCAGCAGUGCCCAGCCUCCACAGCACCUCCCUCGCUGCCACCUGUGCCAAACCCUCUCGUGUGCUGUCCCCUCUGUCCUGCUCUGUCACCCGUCCUGUGCUGUCCCCUCUCCGCAGAGCUCCCUUCCCCCAGGCUGGCUGUGGCCAUGGCCGUGGCACUGGCGCUGCUGGUGCUGCUGGCUGCCGAUGCUGCGGUGCCGGUGAAGAACCCACUGCUGAACAUCUGCAUGGAUGCCAAACACCACAAGCACAAGCCUGGCCCCGAGGGGAAGCUGCAUGACCAGUGCUCUCCCUGGAAGGACAAUGCCUGCUGCACAGCCAACACCAGUUCAGAAGCCCACAAGGACCAAUCCAACCUGUACAACUUCAACUGGAACCACUGUGGGGUGAUGCCACCCAAAUGCAAGCGCCACUUCAUCCAGGACACGUGCUUGUAUGAGUGCUCACCCAACCUGGGGCCCUGGAUUGACCAGGUUGACAGCAGCUGGCGUCGGGAGAGGAUUCUCCACGUGCCGCUCUGCAAGGAGGACUGCGAGGAGUGGUGGAAGGACUGCAAGGAUGCCCUCACGUGCAAAGAGAACUGGCACAAGGGCUGGAACUGGGCAACAGGAACCAACCGCUGUCCCUGGGGCUCCAUGUGCAGGCCCUUCAGCGAGGUCUUCCCCCGACCCAAAGACCUGUGCGAGAAGAUCUGGUCCAACUCCUACAAAUACAGCCCCGAGCACCGGGGCAGCGGGCGCUGCAUCCAGAUGUGGUUUGACCCUGCCCAGGGGAACCCCAACGUGGCUGUGGCGAGAUACUACGCUUGGGAAAAGACCUGCUCCCCUGCUCAGGGGGAGAAAGCGGCUCCUGAGAGGGACCAAGCUGCGCGUGCUCUGCCCUGGUCUGCCCUGGCCCUGCUGCCCCUGGCCCUUGUGCUGCUCCCCGAGGUCGCUGGGGGCUGUGGGAUCCCGCGGAUGGGGGUCCCUGUGGCGGCUCUGUGAAGGGGCAUGGCCUGGCCUGCUCCAGCUGCUCCACAAGAGGAAGUGGCACAGAUGACCCUGUCGGUUUGUCCAGUGCUCAGCACAAGUUGUGUUGUUGGACCUUGAUACCCACCUCUUGUGGCUGCUGACCAGGACACAGAUUUUCUUGCCACUGAGGGAAGGGCAAUACAAUCUCUGCUCUGAUGUGGGAGUUCCUCCACGUCUGUUCCCAGCCCAUGGCCGUGUGCUGGGUUGGCUGAGCUCUGGUGUCUGGUCCUUUGGGCUGCUGUGACUCCCUGAAGGGUGGGUUUGAUAAUAAAGUCUUUCUCUGGAUCA